ACCAGGACACCUGCGCGUGCCGGGGCGCCCUCGCUGCGUGCACCUUGGCUGAUGGGCAGUCCUGGCUCGCGGGGGAACACACAGCACACGCACGGAAGCCACCACGGACCUGUGUCGGCGGGGGCCGAGAGGCCCCGCCCGCCGCCGCCGCCGCCGCCAUGUGGAGCUGCGGCCCACUCAACAGCACGGGCAGCCUUGAGGACCAACUCCUCUGCCAGCACUUCUACGUGGUCCUGUCCGUCUUCUCUCUGCUCUACCUGGUCGUCGGCGUCCCCAUCGGCCUGGGCUACAACGCCCUGCUCGUCCUGGUCAACCUGAACGACCAGAGCAGCAUGACCAUGCCCGACGUCUACUUCGUGAACAUGGCCGUGGCAGGCCUGGUGCUCAGCGCCCUGGCGCCCGUGCACCUGCUGGGCCCCUCCGCCUCGGGGUGGGCCCCGUGGGGCUUCAGCAGCGAGGCCCACAUCACGCUGCUCGUGCUGUUCAACGUCUCCUCCCUGGUGACCAUGUACUCCACGGCCCUGCUCAGCCUCGACUACUACAUCGAGCGGGCUCUGCCGCGCACCUACAUGUCCAGCGUCUACAACACCAGGCACGUGUGCGGCUUUGUCUGGGGCGGGGCCCUGCUCACCAGCUUCUCCUCCCUGCUCUUCUACAUCUGCAGCCACGUGGCGGCCAGGAUCGUCGAGUGCUCCAAGAUGCAGGACACAGAGGCUGCUGACGCCAUCAUGGUGUUCAUUGGGUAUCUGGUCCCCACCCUGGCCGUGCUCUAUGCGCUCGCGCUCCUCUCAAGGAUCCGGAAGGAAGACACGCCCCUCGACCAGGAUGCGGGGAGGCUGGACCCCUCGGUGCACCGGCUUCUGGUGGCAACCGUGUGCACACAGUUUGGGCUCUGGACGCCUCACUACCUGACCCUCCUGGGGCACACGUUGCUUGCCUUGCGGGGGAAGCCCAUCGACGGGCACCACCUGGGGAUUCUGCUCUUUGCCAAGGACUUGUCGAGAUUCCUGGCCUUCUCCAGCAGUUCCGUGAUGCCACUUCUUUACCGCUACACCAACAGAAACUUCCCCAGCAAACUCCGGCGGCUGAUCAAGAAAAUGCACUGUGGGCACCAGAGCUGCUCCCCAGACCAAGUGGUGGUCCAGCAAGUGAUGGUAUAGAGAGCUGGUCCUGGGGCCGCCAUCAGUGCUCACCUUGCGCUCACCCGGAACGUGGCCGAGGGUGCACGCCCUACAGGCACGGUCCACUCCCCGCUGCCGGGAGACGGGUGCCUGACACUUCGAUUGGAUGCAUGGCACUUUUCACUGUCUUCCCCAGGAGGUCACUGCGGCAAGAAUAAAGGACAGCACAAGGUGUGUUCUGGCCAAGCUUUCUGUUGUUCAAAGCAGCAGGGGCCUGGUGUGAAGGAAAGCUGUGUCAGCCCUUCUGCCCGAGGCGUGUGCACUGCUCAGUCCUCCAGGUCCACGCCCUCAGCCUCCAACACACUGGGUCCCCGGAACAAAGUGAUGACAAUCAAAAGCCAGUAUUUAUACUUCGUCUUGUUAAAAUUCUUGAUUCCCUCUCUUAGUUUAUUUUUGUUUAUAAGAAGAGAGAUCUGAGAGAAAAGUCACAACAGUAUGAAAAUGAAGGAAGCAACACAAAAGAGCACCCACGUCGGAAGGGUGGGUGGGGGUGGGCCUGGCGGCUGCAGGGUCACGUGGAGGAGGCGGGCGAGGUGUCACAGGUGGCGUGAAGAUGUUUAGAAGGAAAAAGCCAGCAGUGUGGCUGGUCUUAGCCGAGAGUGAAGUAGCUCGCAGCUCUCUCCUUGCCCACCGAACGCACCCGGUACCCCGGCCGCCCUCACAGGUGGCAUCAGGCCGGUAUAGGUCAACUCCCCAAUGUGGGCACUAAACUCAACAAUACAAACAAACUGAAGGCAAAGGCGGUUAACGCUGAAGCUGGAAGGGACUGCCCAGGGGCAAGACAGGCCUGGAAGACCGAGCCUCGUCUGGCGCAGGGGCGGAGCGUGGGGCCGAUGCCGCCACCUUGCACCUGUCAGGUGCUCCACGGCUGCUGCCGCGGGGAGCCCGAGACCCGCCUGCUCAGCCAGAAGCAGCAUGCACCUGGAUCCUUCCACACCGGGGCCCAUACACAUCUGCUUUAAAACUGUGGGAACAGGAGCCCCCUGCCCCCCACACCAUCACGACACAUCCCAGGCCUGCAGCCCCUAACCCCAACUCUGAAAUCCACAAAACUCAAAAAACAGGAAGAUUUUUCAGGUUGGCAGCAAAUUUGUUUGGUAGCAAACCCUGAUCUGAAGUGGUAGGAGGGCACUUUUCUGAGGAAAGAGGAGUGUGACUAUGGGGCCCUGCCCCAGGCCCACUGUCCCGUAGCGUGCAGUACGCACAGCAUGUUACUGUGUGUGCGUGCGCACAUGCAGAAGACAGACCCACAGAAGUCGUUUGCUGAAGGAACCAUAGACACGCGCAUUCCUUAAAAGGUGGUUUAUAUUUCAACCGAAGUUUCCUUGCAGUGUUACGAUGAGAGAGAGAAUAGCUUGGGCUGAAUUGGUGAUUUGGUAACACCAUCCUGCUUUUAGGGUUGUGCAUCCAGAAAAAAAAAAAACACCUGCUUUGUUUUUGGUCGAUGCUCAGUAAUGCGCCCUAUUUAUUUAUUUAUUUUUUAUUUUUAUCUCUUGACUUCCUUCACCCAUUUCUCCCACCGAUCUGUUGUUUCUAUGACCUUGGUUGUUUUUUCAAAGAUCCCCCAUAUAAGUGAGAUCAUAUGGUAUUUGUCUUCCUCUGGCUGAUUUAUUUCCCUCAGCACAGUGCCCUCCUGGUCCCUCUGUAUUGUCGAAAAUGGCUGGAUUUCAUUCGUUUUUAUGGCUGAUGUUGCACGGUGCAUGUUCUCUGUGUGUAUGUACACCCCCCCCCCAUCUUCCGCGUCCACCCGUCCAUCGAGGGGCACUUAGCUGCUUCCAUGUCUUGGCCAUGGAGAAUAAUGCUGCAGUGAACACGGGGGUGCAGACGUCUUUUCAGUUAGUGGUUUUGUAUCCUUUGGGUAAAUACCACAAGUGUGAUGACUAGGUCGUAGGGUAGUUCUCUUUUUUUAACUUUUGAGGAAACUCUAUAUUGUCUGAGUGGCAGCACUGGUCUGCAUUCUCACCAAUGGUGCACGAGGGUUCCCCUUUCUCCACAUCCUCACCAGCUCUUAUCUCGUCUUCUUGAUGAUGGCCAUCCUAACAGGUAUGAGGAGCUCUCCCUCUGUGCUUCUGAUGCGCAUCUCCCUGGUGGUGAGGGGUGCAGAGCGCCUUUCCCGUACAUGUUAGCCAUCUGUGUGCUCUUUGGGGAAAUGUCUAUUCUGACCUUCUCCCCAUGUCGUAAUCGGAUUUUGUUCUGCUACUGAGUUGUAGGAGUUCUUUAUAUGUAUUUUAGAUAUUAGUCCCGUAGGAGAGAUAUUAACAUACUAACUUGCGACAACCUGAAAACUUCUGAGUUCUGACACAUCUGGUCUGAGGAUAACAGGGUGUGGCUCGAUUUUCUGCCACAUUCCAUGCAGGGAAGUCGCUCUUUGGUCCUGGUCUCUUGGGAAAUUGAGCCCAUGACUUAGUUGCGUUUUUCUAUCUGCAGAAUGUAUCCCCUCUAGGAUGAUGUGACUGAGUUAAGAGUCUGCCUGUGCAGAAUCAUGAAAGUACACUGGAUGCCACGGCCCUGGUCCUGCUUGCCCCUGGUAGCUGUGAAACUCUGGACCAGUUCUCUGGGGCCCUGACAGUAGGUCCGGGGCAGAAUGAGAGACGUUCCCAGGUUGCUUCUGUCAGGAACGUGCUAUUUCUACUGAAGGACGAGGUCCCCCCUCUGCUGCUCCAGGUCUUCAGAUGCACCGGGGUUUCUUUUCAAAUCCCAAAGCCUCAGGCCCGACCCCCUCCACCCUCCUCGAGCUGUGGGCUGCACGACGGGUAGUCCCGAGGCCAGGGCUCCUCUGGGAGAGCCUGGCAUUGGCUGAGUGACCCGUGUGACUGCAUGGGCCCCAGCACAGCAGCCGCAGAACCUCUCGCCUGCAACACGCCUCCUGCUGCUUCACCUCCAGUUCUGUCACGGCCGG